AUGAAGCCAAGAAAGCGACACGGUCUUGAGACCUUCUCUGUAGAAGGUCGAAGCCACGACAAAUCCUUCACCCUGUUCAGACUGGGGAAGAAAUCCUCGGAAGGGGUGAAAGCUUUUUCGGAAACCGGCCGAUCUGACGUUUUGGAGGAGCAGAGUCAAGGGGAGGGAGGCAUCUACGAUGAGUUCAACGCCCCUCCAAUCACGUCAGGGGUUGGCAGAACCGAAGCAGAAUUUUUCGUAUCUCUUAUAUCCCGCAUUGUCCCAUCACCUGAUUGGUUCAUAGGAAUCGAUAGUUUUGACCUUUGCGUCAACGGUAACUGGAUAGACAGCAUCACAAUAGAGGUGGACCCUAUCGAUGCGGGGACAGACAACGGCUUCACAUUCACAGCUCCGAACUGGCCCACUGACCCUCAAGGCGAAGCCUAUCGCAUCACAGCCCAUUACCCAGCCCACCCGGCCGGCUCGUUCUUCUACCCGUAUUUGAAAAGAUUACCUCCCAUCGGUACAUUUCAGUUCAUCAAGGUGAAGGAGUACGAGCUGAGCGAGGUGUUUCAUCAUCAAGAAGACGAUAGAAGAUACGACGUGUUGAAAAUGGAACAUUUGACGCAAAACACCAUUAACGUUUUUAAUGGGAAUAACGAUAUCGAAACCGCUAUUGAGGAGGAGAGGGAAGAGCAAGAGUCGCAUCAAAAAAUUCCCAGACCGAAACCAAGGCUCUUCAGAUUAUCAUCUACAGCGAAUUAUUUCACCACUCCAUAUACAACAACCAGAGAUCCGUAUAACGACGACAGGCUUACCAACUCAAUAAAUCAGAGAGAGGAAGUAGUGAUCGUGACGUCACCCGCAGCGCCAGCGGUGGUUCCCAGAGGAGACAAGGACGCGAUUUUGAACAGCAUUGCUGAUUCCGACUGGUCCGUGUGGAGUGACUGCAGCAAGGCGUGCGGCAUCGGCGAGAUGCAGCGCCGCCGCGAGAUCCUGAAACACGCGAGACGGGGCGGACAGCAAUGCCCGCCACUCGUCGAAACGAAAUGGUGCGGGUCCGCGCGUUGCAACAAGCAAAACACCGGCUACUUCAACUGGUCCAACUAA